AUGAAGAGAAAACGCUUCUCACCCUACACCAACCACCGAAAAAUUCAAACCACAAGCAAAGGAAAAAGCAGCUAUACAUCCUUUGAAUAUUCCGAUGAUGGGGAUAAGUGGGCUUACAGACUUCUUCAAGAGUGUGCUCAUGCCAUCUCCCAAAAGGAUUCUGCAAAGAUCCACCACCUUCUAUGGAUGUUAAACGAGCUUGCUUCAUCCUACGGUGAUUUUGAUCAGAAACUAGCUUCGUACUUCAUGAAAGCUCUCUUUUGCAAGGUUAUGGAGUCUGGGCAAGGAUGCUACAAGAAGUUAGUCUCAGUUGCUGACAAGAGCAACUGCUGCUUUGAUUCUGCUAGAAAUCUCGUACUUAAAUUCCAGGAGGUUUCCCCUUGGACUACUUUUGGUCGUGUUGCAUGCAACGGUGCUAUUUUGGAGGCCUUUGAUGGAGAGACAAAACUUCACAUAAUUGAUGUAAGUAACACACUGUGCACCCAAUGGCCUACUUUGCUGGAAGCUUUAGCCACUCGAAGCAACCAAACUCCGAGCCUAAAACUCACUGUGGUGGUCACAAACAUCAUGGCGAGAUCUUUAAUGAAAGAAAUCGCUCAAAGAAUGGAUAAAUUUGCUCAUUUGAUGGGUGUUCCCUUCGAGUUUAAGGUAAUCUGCACCAAAUCAAAUCAAACAUUAGGACAACUUACUAAAGAAGAGUUAGGCGUCGAGGUGAAUGAAACAAUCGCAGUGAAUUGUAUCGGUGGUUUAACAAGAGUUGAGGUUGAAGAAAGGGGUGAUGUGAUUAAGCUAUUCAGCUCUUUAAAGCCUCGAGUGGUGACCAUAGUUGAAGAAGAAGCCGAUUUUACAAGCACCAGAAGUGACUUCAUUAACUGCUUUGCAGAAUGCUUAAGGUUCUACACUUUGUACUUCGAGAUGUUGGAAGAGAGCUUUACUCCCACGAGUAAUGAGCGAUUGAUUUUGGAGAGAGGCUGCUCAAGGAGCAUCGUUAGGGUGUUGUCUUGUGAUGACAAAGAGAUUAUGAACUUAGGAGAAUGCGAGAGGAGGGAGAAAGGAAGCCAAUGGUGCGAGAGGCUCAAGACGCGAUUUUCCCCACUAGGGUUUAGUGAUGAUGUUGUGGACGACUUAAACUCCUUGCUUAGAAGGUAUCGAACCGGAUGGUCUCUUGCCGUCGAUCAAACUAGUUCGAACAUAGAUUCAGGAAUCUACUUGGCUUGGAAAGAAGAACCAGUUGUCUGGGCUUCAGUUUGGAAGCCCUAAUCAAGAAACCAGCUUGCCAAAUCUCUAUAUGCAAGAAGGGUGUUGGA